UCCUCACCUCUGCCAAGUAUAAUAAUGCACGACUAUGACGGACUUUACGAUCACAACAGCAUUGGCCUCGGUCAUCAUGAUGUGGCUAUGGCGUCAUCGGGCAUGACGUCCACGACGAGCACAUCAUCCCUGUCCAGCAGUGGCACGCACAGCAACAAUAGUAACAAGCGUAGACAGCAACACCCGUCGCCAAGCAACCCGCGAUACAAGUGCAUGCAUGUCAAGUGCAGCUACUCAUACAGCCACUCGAGCGGAAGGAGCAACCAUUACACAACGUACCAUACCGAGCCCUGCAAGGAGCAGUGUAAGCAUUGUGACCUCGUCAAGAAGAAACUAAGCACCAAGAAGGUCAAAUGUCGCCAUGAGGUCUCCUGUAACAAGGACCUGUCCACGUCGAACCGCGCCAACCACGAGAAGAACCUCAAGAUGCACACCAAGUGCAGUGCGAUGUGUGCCAUCUGUCGCGAGAUCCGCAGCAAGGAGCGCAGAGGCACAGAUGGUGGAAAUGGCGGAAAUGGCGGAAAUGGCGGAGGCAGUUGCGGACAUGGACAUGGACAUCCAGACAUUGGCAGCGGCAAC